GUUUCUACGCCGGGUUGGAGUUAAAUAGUCCCAUCUUCAACUGAAAUAAUCUCUUAAUAUUUCCAAUAUUUUUUAUUUUUUUUUAUUUAUUUUUUUUGGGACAAGUGGGCAUCAUGGCUUUUCUUCACUUGCUCCUGUGUGCCGGGAUGUUAUCGCUGCCGAUGUGCGGAGCCUUUUUCCGCGGACCUUUACACCCGGAGAUGUCUAACGGCACUUUUCAUCACUACUUCGUGCCGGACGGAGACUACGAGGAAAACGACGACCCGGAAAAAUGCCAGAUGCUUUUUAAAAUGACCGACGAGCGAAAGUGCGGUCUCGACGAGGACCAGGACGCCGUCAUACGCGAUGACUUCACCAUCAUCAAGAGGCAGAUCGAGGACUCGGCCCGGGUGCUGGAGGGGAUCGGGAAAAGCAUCUCCUACGACCUGGACGGAGAGGACAGCUACGGGAAGUACUUGCGGAGGGAGACGGCUCAGAUCAGCGAGGCGUUUACAAACUCGGAGAAAUCGCUGCUGGAGCUGGAGGUGAAAUUCAAGCAGAGCCAGGAGAGUGAGCUGAAGGAGGAGCACCGGCUCAACGACGACUUUCUGAACAUGAUAGUGCACACCCGGGACGUCCUGAAGGAGACGUUGGACAUUUCUCUGGGACUGAAGGACAAGCACGAGCUCCUGUCUCUGAUCAUCCGCAGCCACGGCACGAGACUGAGCAGACUGAAGAACGAGUACAUGAAGUUCUGAGGGAAAAUAGUUCCUACAAGUCUCAUUACAGUACUAUAUUAGGUAACGCUUUAUUUUACUGGUCCUAAUAAUUUAUUAAACAUUUCCUAGAAAGAACCGCGUAGUUUUGUACUAAUUACAGGAAAAACUGAGAGUCAUUUUAGUUAGUUUAAUUAGUUGUGUGGAGUUUAUUAUACAGGGAAUUGCUCCAUUGAAACCCCAGUUGAUAUUUAUUACUUGUUCAUUUUAUUAUUGGAAACUUUAUUCUUCAUGUAUGGGGAAUUAUAAUUAAUUAAUUAGCACCAAAUUACAUGGUUCUUUCCAGGAAACUUCUUAGAAAGUCAUUUGGAACUAAAUUGGAAUUUACGGCCUAUAAAAUAAAUAAUUACCCUAUUUUAUUUUCUUUGUAAGUUUUAUGGUUGAGUGUGACCAUGAGGCAGAGGCAGGAGUGAAAAUUCCUAUCAGGGAUAUAAAAGCUUCAAAUGUUAAAAAUAAAUGAGUAAUUACAUUUUUUAAAAAGUGAAAUAAGUACAUACAACCACUGCUGCAAACAGAUGUCAAAAUUAGACUCUCUUUACAGGUUAAUGUGUUUCAUGAAGUUUUGAGGCUUAUUUUUGUUUCCUGGUUUUGUGUUGUGUUUGCUGCAGGGGGUUUAUUUACUUCUUUUCACUUCAAAUAUAAAAAAAACACGUAUUUUGCCCAGGUUUAGUGAUAUCUGAUUUCAAAGAUGGAUUACCAACCAGGCAAAAAAGGCAACUGCCCCAACUUCCCCAGACCCCCAGGGGCACCAUAAGGUCCCACAUUUACUGUUUGAAUUGUUUUUUGGUAAUUUGGUUAUUUGCGAAUGUGCACCCCUAAAGUACAAUGACAAUUAAAGAAAGGUCCUGCAUUAUUACCUGAUAUCAUGGUCAAAAUCAUGUUUAGUUAUUUAAAUUUAGGUUGUGCUCAUGUUGGCCAUAUUCCUAAAUGAAGUUGGGUCCAGUCCAGUUUUUCCACCAUAGCAGCUGGUUUCUGGUCAUAUAAUGAAGCUUUUAUGUAAAGUCUUCUGUAUAGUCUGUACUUGAUUGGAACUUAGGGGCACCAUUGUAUACAUGCUGCACAGGCUGUGUGAGCUAAUUUUUGCCCUGGGCCCCUAACAGUUUCAUAUGACCAUGUCUGUGUGAAAUUUCUGGUGCCAACCAAGAGGUACAAUGAAGGUGAACAUAAUUUUGUUUCUCAGAUUAAUCCACAGAACACGCUGGAACUGCAAAAUAUUGAAAACAGCAUUUUGACAGAGCAGCUCCAACUCAAGGUCUACUUCCUAUUAAAGGUCCCAUAUUGUGUAAAGGUAGAUGUCCAUGUGUUGUUUGAUUAUAAAGCAGACACACAGCCU